AUGUUCACUUAUGAUGAAGUUAAGACCAUUCUUUCUAUACCUCUUGGUAUAGGCCUUGCUGCUGAUAGGCUUAUUUGGAAUUUUGAGAAGAAUGGGAUCUGUACAGUUAAAAGUGAUUACAAAUUGGCCCAUAUGCAAUCUCCGGAUACUAGUGCCUCCACUUCUUUGAGCGAAUGUUUAGCUAAAUGGUGGAAAGAUGUUUGGCAGCUCAAUCUUCCUAGUAAGAUUAAGGUUUUCUUUUGGCGUCCUUGUUUGGAUAGAUUACCAACGGGUGCUAAUCUUAUUCUUCGAGGAGUGGAUGUUCCUGAUUGUUAUGCUUUUUGUGGAAAAAAAGGGGAAGAUGCUUUGCACUUGUUCUGGACCUGCAAAGUCAGUAAGAACCAGAGGCAAGUGUCGAAAUUUAGCCAUCUUCCUCAGGAUGUUAGGCCCCUUUCUCUGUUGCAUCUGCUUAGAGAUUGCGAGGGUAUCCUGAGUUGGUCUGAUUUCGAGGAAUUGGUUGUUUUCCUUUGGGGAAUUUGGUCAAAAAGGAACGUAAAGGUGUUUCUGAAUGGAAGAGAGAUGGUGAGGGAUCUGGAUGGUUGGGAAAGACAGAGCUGCAAAUUCCCCUUCUACAUGUUUACAACAUGA